GGAGGCAUUUCCCUAAGCGAUCUGGGGGCUUGGCUAGCGCGCAGAUGUUGGUGCACACGUAUUCCGCGAUGGACCGCUCGGAUGGGCUGAACGGGACCUCCGCCGGCGGCCGCCUCCCCCAGCUCUCGUCCCUCAACCAGGCGGCGGCGUACUCCUCGGCUCCCCCUCUGUGCCACACGCCGGCCUCGGACUUCCAGCCUCCUUACUUCCCGCCGCCUUACCCGCAGCCGCCGCUGCCCUAUGCGCAGAGCCAGGAGAGCGCCUACCCGCACCUGGGGGACCCCUAUGGCGGCCUCAACCCCAUCCACCAGCACCAGCAGAGCGGCUGGCCCUCGCAGCGGGCCCGCCAGGAAGAAGCUGCUGCUGCUGCAGCGGCGGCGGCGGCGGGCCUCCUUUCGCAGACACACCGCGCUCUCGGCCUGGAUCCGCGCAGGGACUACCCGGGCAUGCCGCGCUUGCUCCACGGCUUGGCCGAUGGAGCGCACGGCUUGGCCGACGGGCCGCUGGGACUCCACGCUCUGGCUCACCCCAGCCUCGAGGACAUCCAG